UAACACACAUUGAGCGCCGGUGACCAUGGUUAUAGUGGUUUCAACUUUACUUACGCCGUAGAACUUAUAAGUGUGUGUAUUGCACAGUAAAACUACUUGGCAUAUGAUCGUAGUCCAGCUUGACUUCGACUUUCAUCCAUUCUAGUCUCUUGAUAAUCGUUAUGCGUGUCAUCGUUACAGGAGCAUCGGGUGUACUUGGAUCAGCAGUCUACUCUGCGUUCAAGAAUGCCGGACAUACAACACUUGGCCUUGCGCACUCCAGAACUACAGGUGACCUGCAAAAGUUAGACCUCCUUGAUCAGGAUGCUGUGGCGAAAGUGUUUGGAGAGUUCAAACCAGAUUGGGUCAUACACUGUGCUGCUGAACGUCGGCCUGAUGUUGCGGAGAAGGACCCGGAGGGUGCUCGCAAACUGAAUGCUUCCGUACCCGCGUUCCUCGCUCGGCUAUCUGAGACCCUUAGAUUCACUCUCAUGUACAUCUCAACUGAUUACGUCUUCGACGGCACAUCGCCACCUUAUACACCUGCUUCCGCACCAAACCCUGUCAAUUUGUAUGGCCAAACAAAGCGCGAUGGAGAAAUAGCCGUGUUGGAAGUAACAGGAAGUAAUAGUAUAGUCCUUCGGUUACCAGUGUUGUACGGACCAGCGCCGAAGAAUUCAGAUACAGCCGUCAAUAUCCUCAUUGAUGUUGUCUCCGAUCAAUCAGGCAAACAAUACAAGAUGGAUCACUAUGCUACCAGAUACCCAACGAAUGUUGUAGAUAUCGCGGACUUCCUCGUUAGGUUGACAACGUUGCCUCCAACAGUAUCCAUUCCUCCUAUCCUCCACUACUCGGCCGAAGAGCCAUUCACGAAAUAUGAGAUGUGUCUGAUAUUUGCGAGAGUACUUGGAUUGCCGCAUGGGCAUAUUAUUCCUGACGCAGAGCCUCCGAAAGGAGACGCUGCUACGACCCGCCCACGAGACUGCCACUUGUACACUCGAGAAACGGAAGAUCUUAUGGAAGGGUAUGGGGGAUUGGGUUGGACGCCUUUCGAAGAGUGGUGGGUUGAUUAUUUGAACAAGGAGCAGUAAAAUGAUACUGUACAAUAUACCGAAUACAAAUUCGAACUUAUGUCGAGAUUUAUGCAUUUGAAGCCGUAAACGUUGAAGUGAACUUCCCGAGAAACCGUUGUGCUUGACUAGCGC